AUGGAUAAUCUCCAAACCCUUCAGUUGACGGUGGACGCGGAUAAAGGCGUUGCACUCGUCCGGUUCAAUCGCCCGGCCAAGAGGAACGCCUUCUCUCAGGCCAUGAUCGGCGAGCUUGUUGCGACUUUAGCGCACCUCGAUGCCUUGGAAUCCGUCCGCGCUGUUGUCGUCACAGGAGGUCCUGAUGGACCCUUCUGCGCCGGUAUGGAUCUGAACGAGCUGGUGCAGAUCUCCACGGCAGAGGCCCACCAGCGUGCUUUUCUCAAGGACCUUACCGACGCUUUUGCCAGGUUCUCGAAGCCCAUCAUCGCGGCUGUUGUCGGAUUUGCCCUAAUGUGCGAGCCCUUCAAGCUGGGCGGUGGAUGCGAAAUUGCGCUGGCGGCCAUGGAGUUUGUCCUUACCGGCGACUCAGCCAGCGGCGCCGAGUUUGAGCGUCUUGGCGUCGUCAAUAAGGUGUUCCCUCGUCAAGAGGUUGUUCCGGCCGCCCUCAAGCUUGCUGAGCGCAUUGCCGUCAUGUCAGGGCCCGUUGUCAAGACGGCCAAGCAAGCCGUCCUUACAGUUGAAAAUAGCCACCUGGAUGCCGGGAUGACCAUGGAGAAAUCUCUUUACUACUCGACUUUUGGUCUGAGCGAUUUCAACGAGGGCAUGUCGGCCUUCCUACAAAAGAGACGUCCUGAAUUUAAGCACACGUAA